GUCUCAAUUGAUUUAUAGUUGAGGAGUUGCAGAAAUCAGGAGGCUACUACUUCUUUUGUCCAAACAAUUUUGGUAGUCAUCAAGGGUAAAUCACAAUCCAUUGAGCACACAACAUAUAUAGGACCGAUUGGUUACAAUUAUUUAGUUUAGGAAACCUUCAACAACACUGGUGCUAGCCGUGGUAAUGGCAUAUGGAAGUCUAUUUAGAUUUCUGUUGCAGCAGAUGAGGAUGCAAGUAUGGGGGUUUCUUUGAGGUGGUACCAUUUUAGCUACCAAUGGAGGACCCAAAUAAAACAUUUUCUGAUGUAGUUAAACUUUUGACAUCAUGGCUGCCGCGUCGCUCCAACCCAGACAAUUUCUCCAGGGACUUCUGGAUGCCUGACCACAGCUGCCGAGUCUGCUAUGAAUGUGACACGCAAUUCACCAUAUUCAACCGCAGGCAUCAUUGUCGUCUCUGUGGGCGAAUUUUCUGUGGUAAGUGUACUGUGAACUCAAUCCCAGUUUCAAGUGGCCCUGACAGACAUGUCGAUGAGGGGGACAGGAUACGUGUCUGCACCUUCUGCUUCAAGCAAUGGGAGCAAGAAAGAGUCACUUCCCUCAAACAGGUGCUGCCGGUGCUCAGCCCUUCCCUGUCUGAGGCGAGUUUGUUCAGUACCAAGUCAACUAUUACCAUCAAUAGUGUUACCACAACGGCUGGAUCUUACUCUACUGGAAAUUAUCAGCAUGUGGGCUGUGUUGCCAGCAGUAGUCAUGACAAGGCCUCCCAUAAUAUGCAAGACACUCAUAUGCCUGAGAAAAUCAUGUCCACUGUUUCAAACAAAGAUGACUCUUCUUCAGUUCAGUUUGGCUUUUACACAAACAGGAGCGAUGAUGAAGAUGAAGAAUACCCUGCUUACUGCUCUGAUCAACAGCAGAAUGGACAAUAUUAUGGCCCAGAUGAGUUCGAUGAGCUUGAUACAUCCUACAAUACAACAAUGUCAACGGUUGAAGAAUCUAUUAUCUCUAAAGAAGUAUCCCCUGAUGUGGUUGAUCAAGGGUUUCCCAGCACACUGCCCGUUGCCAAAUUGGAGAAUGAACAAGAACCUGAUAAUAAUUCUGAAUGUGGAGCUGCUUCGUCCAUUUACGCUCUGGAAAGUAAUGAUACAAAUCCAGUGGAUUUCGAAAAGGAUGAACUUUUCUGGCUUCCUCCUGAACCAGAAGAUGAAGAUGAUGAGAUGGGAGGUGACUUGUUUGAUGACGAUGACGAUGAUGAGUGCAUAGCUGAUGGGGAGCAGUGUCGAAUUCGAUCAUCAAGUAGUUUUGGCAGUGGAGAAUUUCGAAGUAGAGAUCGGUCUGGUGAAGAACAUAAGAAAGUAAUGAAGAAUGUCAUUGAUGGACAUUUCAGGGCUCUGAUUUCUCAGCUGUUGGAGGUGGAGAAUAUUUCGUUGCAUGAAGAUGAUGACAUGGGCUGGUUGGAGAUUGUUACUUCUGUAUCAUGGGAAGCUGCCAACUUCCUCAAGCCAGACACGAGCCAAGGUGGGGGCAUGGAUCCUGGUGGAUAUGUCAAGGUUAAGUGUUUAGCAUGCGGGCACCGCAGUGAAAGUAUUGUUGUAAAAGGAGUGGCCUGUAAGAAGAAUGUCGCACAUAGGCGCAUGACAACUAGAAUAGAAAAGCCUCGUCUCCUACUACUUGCAGGAGCUCUUGAGUACCACCGAGUAACAAAUCAGCUGUCAAGUAUUGAUACAUUGCUUCAGCAGGAAACGGAUCACCUUAAAAUGGCAGUCGCGAAGAUUGUUGCUCAAAAACCUAACUUGCUUUUGGUUGAGAAUUCAGUUUCUCGCUAUGCUCAAGAUUUGCUUCUAGAAAAAAACAUAUCAUUGGUUUUAAAUAUCAAGCAGCCCCUCUUGCAGCGUAUUGCUCGUUGCACAGGUGCUCAGAUAGUUCCUUCUAUUGAUCUCCUACCAUCUCAGAAGCUUGGUUACUGUGAAUUAUUUCAUGUAGAUAAAUAUGAUGAACAUUCUGUUAACUCGGGUAAUGUGGCUAAGAAAAUGGUGAAGACCAUGAUGUUCUUUGAAGGAUGCCCAAAACCAUUGGGUUGCACUGUUCUGCUGAAGGGUGGUAGCAUGGAUGAGCUAAAAAAAAUUAAGCAUGUGGUCCAGUAUGGAAUUUUCGCAGCAUAUCACUUGGCGUUGGAAACAUCUUUCCUUGCAGAUGAAGGUGCCACCCUACCAGAACUUCCGUUGAAAUCCCCAUUGACUGUAGCCUUGCCAGACAAACGAUCUACUGCAGACAAUUCCAUUUCAGCAGUGCCAGGCUUCACAAUUAAUGUUUGUAAAAACGAGCAAACUGAUAGUUUUGAUCACCUUGGCACCAACUACAAUAUGCCAACUGACCCAGGUGAAACAGCUGAGGUUGAAGCACCAGUAUCCAGUGAGUGCCUUACCUCUCAAAAUACCUACUCCUGUUCUUAUGGACCGUUGUGUGCUAACAGUGGCAAUUUCAACCAUGGGAAUGGUGAUGGAAAUGGACUAGUUAAGGUCACUGCAACUUCAGCUUCUGUUUCCAUAUCUUCUACAGCUACAUCCAGUGCGCCCACUGACCAUACUCCUAGAAAUUCUACUGUGGAAAAAAAAGGUAUGCAUUUUGGUGAUUAUCAUGAUGGUUCAACAAGAUCACGUGGUAAAACGAUAGUGAUGGAUUCAGCCAGCACAUUGAGUUGUUAUCGCCACAGCACAGUUGAAGCUUGCACUAAUAUCGCUAGCUCUUAUAUCAAGGAGUCAUUAGAAGGUUCAUAUGCUUUGCCUAAUGUCAAAACCAUCAGCAAGAACAAUGCUGUGAUAGUCCAACCAGUGUCUAGUGCUGCUCCACAAAAUCAAGAGACCAACCAAGGAGAUGGUAGCACAUCAAAUAACGAUGAAGUUGUGGCUUCUGACCAUCAGAGCAUCUUAGUCUCAUUGUCCACACGAUGUGUAUGGAAAGGGACUAUUUGUGAGCGUUCCCAGCUGUUACGCAUCAAGUAUUAUGGUAAUUUUGACAAGCCUCUUGGAAGGUUUUUGCGGGACUACUUGUUCGAUCAGGGAUACCAGUGCCGUUCCUGUGACAAGCCACCUGAAGCCCAUGUCCAUUGUUAUACUCAUCGCCAGGGAAGUCUAACGAUAUCAGUUAGAAAACUUACAGAAAUUGUUUUGUCGGGUGAAAGGGAUGGGAAGAUUUGGAUGUGGCACAGAUGUCUGAAGUGUCCUUGGAGUAAUGGAUUUCCUCCAGCAACUCAAAGGAUUGUCAUGUCUGAUGCUGCCUGGGGUUUAUCACUUGGUAAAUUUUUGGAACUUAGCUUUUCCAACCAUGCAGCUGCAAGUAGGGUGGCCAGUUGCGGUCAUUCUCUCCACAGGGACUGCCUCCGGUUCUAUGGGUUUGGCAAAAUGGUUGCUUGCUUCCGCUAUGCUCCUAUUAGUGUUCAUUCUGUUUAUUUGCCACCUCAUAAACUUGAUUUUGGUCACCAGCCCUUGGAUUGGAUACAAAAAGAAGCAAACGAGGUUAUUGAGCGAGCAAAAUAUCUCUUUGAUAAAGUAUUACAUGCUUUACGCUUGAUAUCUGGCAAAAAGGUUCAAGGCGGUUCUCUUAACAUAGAAUUUAGCUCAUAUAUUGCUGAGCUUGAAAGCAUGCUUCGGAAGGAAAAGUCAGAAUUCGAGGGAUGCCUGAAUAAAGUUUUGAGAAAGGAUAUGCAGAAAGGCCAACCAGACAUCCUUGAGAUCAAUCGGCUGCGAAGACAGUUACUCUUCCAUUCAUACUUGUGGGAUAAAAGGUUGGUGUUUGCUGCAAGAUCAGAUAGAUGUUCUCACGAGUUAUUUAAUUUCAAGCAAGGAGACAAGGAGAAGAUCCAUUCUGCAGAUAGUGUUGCUGAGCUAAAUGCGCUAACAAAGCCUCAAAGUGAAGUUAGUGGGAAUAAGUAUACCAGCAAAGAUUCUAAAUAUGUUGAGUGUCUUCAGGAAAGCAUUUUUGGAGGGAAUCGCACUGGACUUGAUGCAAGUACUAGUACAAAUUCCAGUCAUGACCAGCAAAUGAGUACAAGUGACCUGGAUUCACUCCAAAGAGACAUUAAAACUCCUCUGUACAGUAGUGUCAGUGUAAGUGGUGACUGGCUACCCUUGGAGCCAGAUCUUGUUGCUCGGCGCACCCUUUCAGAAGGCCAGUUUCCUAGUGUAUUGGAUGUGACUAAUGCACUUGAAGCAAAAUGGACCGGUAAAGAUGAUCCUGUUCCUAGCAAGUUAACCAUGCUGGAAUCUACAGCAUCCUCAGAGGAUUCAGAAGAACAUAUGGGUGAUACCACACCUUCAUGCGCCUCUCUAUUGCUGAACAAGCUAGGGGACAGUGCAGCAGAUCAUUCUAAUUGGAUAAGAAUGCCUUUCUUACUAUUUUACCGUUCCCUCAAUAAGCAAUGGAAUCGUUCAAACAGAUUUGAUGCACUCAAUGAAUAUACUCCUGAAUAUGUUCCCUUCUUAAGGGAAGUUGAGCGUCAAAUUGGACCAAAAUUUAUCUUUCCUAUAGGAAUCAGUGACAUUGUUGUUGGAGUUUAUGAUGAUGAACCUACUAGCAUUAUCUCUUAUGCACUGGCCUCCCACGAAUAUCAUCUUCAGAUGUCAGAUGAGCUGGAACGAGAUAAAAUAGACAGUUCACUCCCACUUUGUGAUUCGAGAAGUGCCUCAUUAACUGAAUUGGAUGACUGUACUUCUGAACUUCUGAGAAGUGUUAUCUCGACAGAGGACAACAUCCUCUCUGUGUCAGGAAGCAAGAACCCACUUGCUUCAGAUCCACUUGUACCUAGAAAAGUAAGUCACAUCAAGGUGAAUUUUGGGGAUGAAGGUCCUUUGGGACAGGUGAAGUACACUGUGAUUUGUUACUAUGCGAAACAAUUUGAUGCUCUGAGGAGAAUGUGCUGUCCAUCAGAGCGUGAUUUUAUCAAGUCCCUUAGUCGUUGCAAGAAAUGGGGUGCUCAAGGAGGCAAGAGCAAUGUAUUCUUUGCAAAAUCAAUGGAUGACCGGUUUAUAAUUAAGCAGGUUACCAAAACUGAAUUAGAGUCUUUCAUGAAAUUUGCUCCAGACUACUUCCAAUAUGUAUCAGAGUCGAUUUACACUGGUAGUCCUACUUGCAUUGCAAAAAUUCUAGGCAUUUACCAGGUUAAGAGCCUGAAAGGUGGUAAGGAGAUGAGGAUGGAUGUCCUAGUGAUGGAAAAUCUUUUGUUUGAGCGUAAUGUGACAACAUUGUAUGAUUUAAAGGGUUCUGCAAGAUCAAGAUAUAACCCGGACUCAAAUGGUAGCGAUAAAGUGCUUCUUGAUCAGAACUUAAUUGAAGCGAUGCCUACAUCCCCUAUUUUUGUUGGAAACAAAGCAAAGCGGCUGCUAGAGAGAGCUGUUUGGAAUGACACUUCAUUUCUUGCUUCCAUUGAUGUAAUGGAUUAUUCUUUACUUGUUGGUGUUGAUGAGAAAAGGCAUGAACUUGUAAUGGGAAUUAUAGAUUUCAUGAGGCAAUAUACGUGGGACAAACACCUAGAGACAUGGGUUAAAGCUUCAGGCAUAUUGGGUGGACCGAAAAAUGUGUCACCAACAGUAAUUUCACCAAAGCAGUACAAGAAGCGGUUCAGGAAAGCCAUGUCGGCUUACUUCCUUGUCGUCCCAGAUCAAUGGUCACCUCCAGCAAUCAUCCCCAACCCGCAAGUGGCUGAGAGUGGUCAGGACAGCGACCAGGUUCUCUUGACGGAAUUGUGAGACGUGCAUGCAGAACCUCUAAUGGCAGGGAAGUAUUCAGGGAAUAACUCUUUUUUUGCAAUGUUUAUAGAUUUUGACUUGUUACAAUUUUGUUCAUUCUUUUUUGGGUAGUCGGGUUUAUCUGGCCAUUCUUUUCUAGGUGUCUUUUUCCUUGGGAAGAUCUAUGUAAAAAUUGUUAGCUCAAGUCUUUGAUAGUUGUAGAUAUAAAUCAGCAAGCGUCGUAUAGGAAUGUACAAAUUGACAAUCAUUUCCAUGAACCCUUGUGCAUUGAAUUAUUAUAGCAUGUAGAAAAAUUAGAAGCAGUUCCAUGCUUAAGUGCACCUUAUGUAAAUUUUUGCUUCCUCUUUUUUUCCCCUACAUUUUAUGUGAAGGUAGGCUCUCACAUUCAUUUCUAGGAGAGAUCUGCCAAGGAAAGAAAUCAUGUAUGUAGUGCUUUUGCCAAAUGUAAACUGCUACUCUGAAAAUAGAAAACAAGAGAAAAUUUAUGAUC